GUGAAUGUUAACCCUUGCGAGUAUAAAUUAGGGAGCAUUCUUCGAAAGGGCAUCAAACGUUCUCAGUUCUUCUAACGUGUUACAACCUACCAAGAAAACAAACAGUUUGAACAAAAUGGCCCUACCAACAUUCAGUGCUGUGCAAAAAGUUGUCUUCAUCACCGUCGUCUUGGCCAUCAUCUUCGCCCCAUGUGAAUCCGAAUCUCAAAAGCUCUGUGGCAGCAAACUCACCGACGCCCUCAAGUUGGUGUGCCGAAAUAAAUACAACAUGGUCGGAAAGAAAUCAGUCACCAUCAGCGACUACUACGAUGACGAUGCCUACAACUUCGACAGCUUCGACACCAUGCCCUUCCUCAACAAACUCUACGCAGGAGUCAUCUCACCAAAUGUCAGGCGAAUCAGGCAAGGAAUCGUCAACGAGUGCUGCAAGAAGCCAUGCAGCCUCACCGAGUUGUCUGCGUACUGCUACACAGGAAACUCGUUGCAGCCAUUGAAAUGUAAAAUGGCUCUAUCUUUCAACUGUUCCCUCCAUGCGUUACUUAUCAUUGGAUUAAUUGCAAUUCUCGCAACGGAGGCUACCAGCAAAAGGUUUUGUGGACGUGAGCUUGCUGACACACUGAGAACACUUUGCAAAAACAAUUACAAUGGAUUCGGAAGAUUAACAGCGCCUCUCCAGGGAAGCUACAAUGCGCAAAUUGAGGACCAUAGUGUCUACGAGUACCAAUCAAUACCUUUCAUAUCAAAAUUGACGGGUGGAGUGCUAUCACCACGAGUUCGGCGGAAACGACACGGGGUGUCUGAUGAAUGCUGCAAGAAGCCAUGCACCUAUAAGGAGCUUUCCAACUACUGUUAUGGGCCAUAGUGGACCGUCGUUGUACACACGAUCUCAUCGAAUAAAUCACUAAAAGUAGUUUUACGAAACCAAUAAAUUUCACCCUUUUGUAUUAUUGUCAUCUGAAUUAGGGCGGCUUUGCGAUUAUAUAAAUAUAUCCUAGAGAUUCCUAUGUAAAUUAUUACUGAUUAGGUUUUUUUAUCCUUUUAUUUAUUGUAUACUCGCAUGACAAUUAUAUUAUUGAUAGGUAUGUAUUCUAUGUUUAGCAAUGUAAUAAAAGAUGUUAAAAA